AGAAGCAUCCUCACAGUCAGCGGCGCUGGGUGAUGCUAGGGCCGCCUCGGAGUUGGAGAAUCCGCUCUGGAUCUGGUCUCUUCGGGGAUUACUCUGAAUGAGUUUGCUAUAAACAGCUCGGCUUACAUAAGAGCUGCUAAUUCACUUUUGUUCAGCCCCGGGAAGCCUGGAUUUGUUUGCAGAACUGGAGAACUAGUCACAUUUUGUGUUUUGCCCUUGUGUCGGUGCGGGUUUUGCGCAGGAAAACCUUCAGAGGGAAGGUGCGUUUAGGUGCUCAUCAUGUCAGUGGUUGGCAUCGAUGUGGGUUUCCAGAACUGCUAUAUCGCUGUGGCCAGAAGCGGCGGCAUUGAAACGGUGGCCAAUGAUUACAGUGACAGAUGCACACCGGCUUGUGUGUCUUUGGCCUCCAAAAACCGGAUGAUUGGAAAUGCAGCCAAGAGUCAGGUCAUAACAAACUUUAAAAACACUGUUCAUGGCUUCAAAAAGUUUCACGGCAGAGCGUUUGAUGAUCCGUUCGUCCAAUCAGAGAAGAGCAAGCUGCCUUACAGCCUUGACAAGCUAGCCAAUGGAAGCACUGGGAUUAAGGUGCGCUACCUGGAUGAGGAGAAGGUGUUCACGGUGGAGCAGAUCAGCGGGAUGCUGCUCACCAAACUGAAGGAGACGUCAGAGAGCGCGCUGAAGAAGCCGGUGGUGGACUGCGUGGUUUCUGUCCCGAGUUUUUUCACAGACGCAGAGAGACGGUCAGUUCUCGAUGCGACUCAGAUUGCAGGGCUGAACUGUUUGCGACUGAUCAACGACACCACAGCAGUGGCGUUGGCUUAUGGCAUCUACAAACAAGACCUCCCUGUGCCUGAGGAGAAGCCCAGGAAUGUGGUGUUUGUGGACAUGGGGCAUUCGUCGUUCCAGGUCUCCAUCACUGCUUUCAACAAGGGGAAACUCAAGGUUCUUGCCACAGCGUUCGACUCGUACCUCGGAGGGCGUAACUUCGACGAAGCCUUGGUGGAUUAUUUCUGCGAGGAGUUUAAGACAAAGUACAAGCUGAACGUGAAGGACAACCCGAGGGCUUUGCUGCGGCUGCAUCAGGAAUGCGAGAAGCUGAAGAAACUCAUGAGCGCCAACUCCUCUGACCUUCCUCUCAACAUAGAGUGCUUCAUGAACGACAUCGACGUUUCCAGCAGGAUGAACAGGACUCACUUUGAAGAACUGUGCGCUCAGUAUCUGAUGAGAGUGGAGACGCCGCUGAAAACAGCCUUUGAACAAUCAAAGUUGAGUCGGGACGACAUCUAUGCAGUGGAGAUAGUCGGAGGAGCUACCAGGAUCCCGUCCAUCAAAGAGAGAAUAACCAAAUAUUUCAGCAAAGACGUCAGCACCACGCUGAACGCUGACGAAGCCGUAGCCAGAGGCUGCGCGCUUCAGUGCGCAAUUUUAUCUCCAGCGUUUAAGGUGCGGGAAUUCUCCAUUACGGAUGUGGUUCCGUUUCCAAUCACUCUUCGUUGGAAGUCGCCCACGGAGGACGGACUGGGAGAAUGCGAGGUUUUCGGUAAGAACCACGCUGCUCCGUUUUCCAAGGUGAUCACGUUCCACAAGAAGGAGCCCUUUGACCUGGAAGCGUUUUACAGCAAUCCUCAGGAGCUCCCCUACUCGGACCACCGGAUAGGCUGCUUUUCAGUGCAGAAUGUGGUUCCUCAGCCGGACGGAGACAGUUCAAAGGUAAAGGUCAAAGUGCGAGUCAACAUCCAUGGCAUCCUGAGCGUGUCCAGCGCGUCGCUCAUUGAGAAGCUGAAAGGGGAAGCGGAGGACAUGCAGAUUGAGUCUGAGCCGCCGGUGCAGAAUGAAGGCCGAGCAGAAGAGCAGAGCAAAAUGCAGGUGGAGCAGGAGGGUCAACACCAGGCGGAGGGGCCGAGCGAGGACAGCAGCUCCAGCACUAAGGAAGGGACAGUUGCAGAAAAGCAGGAUGCAGCGGCUGGAGGCAGCAAGCCAAAAGUCAAAGUGAAGAGUAUUGAUCUUCCUAUUGUGGCCAACAACAUUCGGCAACUGGACGGAGAUGUUCUGACCAACUUUGUGGAGUAUGAGCGUCAGAUGAUUUGCCAGGACAAACUGGUGAAAGAGCUGAACGACGCGAAAAAUGCCGUGGAAGAGUACGUGUACGACCUGCGGGAAAAGCUCUGCGGGAUUUAUCAGAAGUACAUCACAGAGGAGGACAGUAACCGGCUGACGCUGAUGCUGGAGGACAUGGAGAACUGGCUGUACGAGGAGGGAGAGGACCAGCCGAAAAACGUCUACGAGGAAAAGCUGGGCGCGCUCAAGAUGUUUGGUGAGCCCAUUCAAGAGCGGCACAGAGAGAGCGAAGAAAGGCCAAGAGCUUUUGAAGAACUGGGGAAGAAACUGCAGCUCUACAUGAAGUUUGUAGAUUCCUACAAACAGAAGGACGAACGAUUCUCACAUUUAAGUCCAGAGGAUGUGAGCGCUGUGGAGAAGUUUGUGACUGAAAGCAUGGGCUGGAUGAACAACAAAAUAAACGCACAGAGCAGAACUGCAAUAACUCAAGACCCAGUGGUGAAAGUAGCAGAAAUCUUUGCAAAAAUCCAGGAACUGGACGAUGUUUGCGGCUCAGUUGCCAACAGGCCGAUGCCGGUAGCGGAGGAGCCGUCCGACAUUGGAGAUCAGGCGGCUCACAACGGCCCCACAGCCAGGCAGGAACCAGACGGGAAGGGAAACCAGCAACCAAAGCCUGGAGCGAAACACAUGGAGCUGGACUGAGGAGCGGACUCUGACAAUCAUCGUUCUCCAUCAUGCCCCUCCUAGGAAGUAGAAACAUAAAAUAAAAUCUGGGCGCAACGUCUCAGUCGUCACCAGCGUCCUCGGUGGAUUGUUUUCGUGUUUUCUCCCAUCGGACUUUAAGCCUUCAAACCGUUUAUUCCCACGUGUGACAGUGCUGUGUUUUACUCUCUCACAUCUUCCACAUGCAAGUAGAAGAGUUCUGUAACUGGUUAAAUUCAGAUUAUGCCAGAAAGAUCCAUCCAGUAUCACCAGUAAUCCCAAAGACCAGUAAGAAUAAUAAGUACUGUCCAAGCAACUGUUAAUGCAGAACAAUUAGUUCGACUGCGAAAAUACAAAUCCUGUAUAUGUAUCUGUUUUUAUUGGGUUAAAGUGAUGCUGAUGUCUAGAAACUGUAAAUAUGAUUUUAGUAAAUAAAAUCAGACUGGAUAAAUA